AUGUCACACCGAAAAUUACAACAGGAAGUGGACCGAGUGUUCAAGAAGAUCAGCGAGGGCCUGGAGAUAUUUGACACAUAUUAUGAGCGUCAUGAGAACUGUACGAAUAAUCCCCCACAAAAAGAGAAGCUGGAAAGUGAUUUGAAGCGAGAAGUGAAAAAGCUCCAGCGACUGCGAGAGCAGAUCAAAGGCUGGCAAAGCUCUCCGGAUAUCAAGGAUAAGGACUCCCUGCAGGAAAACAGGAGGUCAGUUGAAAUUGCCAUGGAGAAGUACAAAGCGGUGGAAAAAGCGUCCAAAGAAAAGGCGUAUUCCAACAAUAGUCUGAAAAAGUCCGGGAAUUUGGACCCACAGGAAAAAGAACGCAGAGAUGUGUGCGAAUAUCUAUCACAGAGCAUCGAGGAGCUAGAAAGACAGUACGACGCGGUACAGGUGGAGGUUGACAAGCUGAUAGUGCUCAACAAGAAAAAGAAAACUUUCACAACGGCCAACGAAGAGCGCAAAACGCAGCUCAAGGAACUGCAGGGCAGAUUCAGGUGGCAUCUGCAGCAACUGGAACUUGCACUGCGGCUUGUGGAAAACCAGGAAUUGGACCCAGAACAGGUUAAAGGUGUGCAAGACGAUAUCAACUAUUACAUCGAGUCGAACAUGGAAGCUGAUUUUGCAGAGGACGAAACCAUAUACGAUGGCCUCAAUUUGACGUCAAACGAGGCCAUAGCACAUGAGGUAGCCGCCGCCUUUGCAGCACAGCACAGUGAGGACAUGGAAGAAGAUGCAGCGAAGGAGAACUCCAAGAUCUCGAAGAAGGAACAGCGAAAACAGGAGCGGGAAGCCAAAAAAGCCGCUAAGGCGUCCGCUAAAGCCGGCGGCCCUUCACUCGAGGCGCCACAACAGCCAGCAGGCAUAGUGAUACCACCACGAAGUGAGAACAGACAAAGCGAAUUACAGAGCGAACCGGCCUCGGCUAGUACAUCGCGAUCUUCGUCACCAGCUUUAUCGUCCGCAGGAACCAGUAUACCGGCUACUUCUCAUGCGAAAAUACCGAACAGCUUGCCCAGCUCUGCCCAGUCUACCACCCAACCUCUUUCUUCACAACCGAAGCAGCAGCGUAGCGUAUCGCGCGACAUAUCUUCUGAACCCCAAGGUCAUACACAUAUUCACCAAUCAUUCAAUGGAAUAACUACAAGCACAUUGAAGCCAGCAACAAUACCCAUCAGACCUGCAGGUGAUCUCCGAUGGGCCGCUGCUGCUUCUCAAGCAGCUGAAAAGGACAAGAAACCAGAGCCCACGAUAACGCCUCAAACAAUUGGCGCUUCCAAUCCGUCGUCUACUGCUAACAGCACAUUGCCGAGCUCAUCUAAUACACCUGUUAUUGCAAAGCUGUCCUUAGGCAUUGAUUCCCAAAAAAGAGUUCCUUCGACAUCAAGCAUCUUAACCAGUGCAGCGCCACCCCCAGGAUUGGCCACUCCAGCCACUGUCCCUACACCAAUUGGCAACGACACAGUACCAAGAGUCACCGCGCGUCAAAGCCCUGCGUCGCCGGCCUUGUCCAGCACUUUACAGGUUUUCGAGCCGGCGCAUAUCGGUGACGAUUACGAGUCAGAUUAUUCGGUAGAGGACUUUGAGGAUCCUUAUGAACAAACGUUAUUCACUGCUGAGCAGCUUGACAGUAAGACUAAAAGAAUUAACUCCCUGAGAGAAAUUUUGAGCGAAGACCUUGACUUGCUGGUUCUACCAAGUGGAAUUCAAGACUUUAUCAUGAGCACGACAAUGACCCAUAAUGAUGCUUUUCCCUACAAAUUCAGAGCUGCAAACCAGCGCACGAUAGGUGAUUCUUGUCGUGUGUCUAGGCUUGAAGAGAUACCCUUAACCUUCAAUCCUCCCUCGCCUCUUGAUGCCUUCCGUUCAACAAGUUCUUGGGAUAUCACCCGUUGCGGACUGCGCACCGAGCUUUCCGGCCUAGGCGAUCAUGAAUCACUGAGCUUCGAAAGUAUAGUUGAUAAGUUUCGCGGGUUGGAAACAUUUUCGUUAUUCUACUGUUACUACUACUCGAUAACGCCGCUAGAACACAAGAUUGCUUACACAUUGCUCACGGAGCGUAAUUGGAAAAUGUCAGUUACGGGAGACAGUUGGUUUUGCCGACAUGGAUUAGCCAAAUUCACCAACGAGCUAUUCGAGAUUGCUGACUACAAAAUAUUCAAUCUUGAUGACUGGGCCGUCAUCGAUAAAGUGAAUUACAAGUUGGACUAUAGCACGCUGAAAGAGCCUGUUCCGUCAUUGGAAGAGACAAGCUCAUCGCCCCAGGCACCUCUGGAAGAUUUUCAAGGAGAUAAUGCGAAAACGGCGAAAUCAACGGCACUGUAA